AUCCACACAUUAUCACAUGAACAAAGUUCCUCUUUAUAAGCUUUAAAAUAGCUUCUGGUAGACUGAUUUUUAGAUACAACUCCUGGAAACUCCUGCAAACUCCUACAAACUCCUGCAAAAUGGCAAACAACCAGCAAGAGACGUUUUGCAAUCCUAAAAUCCCUUUUACUGGCUCAAUUAAAGGAGGACUGCAGGAAGGCAAGAGUAUCACUGUAAGUGGACGAGUUUUACCUGACGCUGACAGGUUCAGUGUGAAUCUCCAGUGUGGUUCCACCCCAGAUGAUGAUUUUGCCCUGCACUUUAACCCGCGUUAUGCAUCUGGUUCAGAGUACAUAGUAACCAACACCAAGCAGGAUAACUCCUGGGGUCCAGAGGAGAUCAUAAACCUGGCUCUCUUCCCCUUGGGAAACCCUUUCAAACUGCAAAUCCUGGUUACAAGCCAAUCAUACAAGAUAAGUCUCAAUGGCAUCCAUGUCAAGGAUUACAUGCACCGUAUCCCAUUCAGCAGGGUGGACAAUUUCGCAGUGGAUGGGAUGGUGGAGGUUAAGACCAUCAGUUUCCAGGAUCCUGUGUGUGUGCCAUACAGAACCACCAUGUAUGGUGGAAUGUGGGCUGGCAAAAACAUUGUCAUCCAAGGGCUGGUUAAUCCUCAGGCUUCCAGAUUCGAGAUUAACUUGUGUCACAAAGAUGGGAUUGCCUUUCACUACAAUCCUCGCUUUGAUCAGAACACAGUUGUAUGCAAUACCAAAACAAAGGGUGAGUGGGGCUUAGAGGAGUGCUCUAAAGAAAUGCCAAUUGAAAAGGGACAAAACUUCCAGAUAAUCAUCUCCUGCAAUACUAAGCAGUACAACGUGUUUGUCAAUGGUAAUCUCGUGACUACCUACAAGCACCGCUUCACCAACCUGUGGGAGAUUGACAUUCUGGAGAUGUCUGGUGACCUCAGACUGAUUGAUGUGCCUUCAUCUGAUGCCGCAAAAGGCUAUCGUAUGCCAUGCAAAAUCAACAUGAAUGAUGGAUUGUGGGCUGGCAAAAACAUUGUCAUCCAAGGGCUGGUUAAUCUUGAGCCUUACAAAUUCGAGAUUAACUUGUGUCACAAAGAUGGGAUUGCCUUUCACUACAAUCCUCGCUUUGAUGAGAACACGGUUGUAUGCAAUACCAAAACAGUGGAUGAUUGGGGCUCAGAGGAGCGCUCUGGAGAAAUGCCGUUUCAAAAGGGAAAAAUCUUCCAGAUGAUCAUCUCCUGUGAUCCUCAGCAGUACAACGUGUUUGUCAAUGGUAUACAAGUGUGUACCUUCAAGCACCGCUUCACCAACCUGUGGGAGAUUGAUGCUCUGGAAGUGUCUGGUGACUUGAGCUUGACUGAUGUAUACGCUUAACUAAAACAAUUUAAAUUGGAUGUUUUUGUGCAAUAUUUUCUCUGGCACAGUUUUACCAAGUCACUGUCACAUUUUAUCCGUAAACAGAGAAGUAUGCAAAAAAUAAAUGAAUGAAUGAAUGAAUGAAUGAAUGAAUGAAUGAAUAAAUAAAUAAAUAAAUAAAU